AUGAAAUCGGCUCACAUCUUCCGCAAAGGUGAGGCCGACAUCGAGGUCAAAGUCCAAGACGUGCCAGUACCUACACCAGCCGAGGAUCAGGUCUUGGUCAAGGUUGUCGCCGCGGGCAGCAACCCUAUUGAUUGGAAAUGUGUCUUCUUCGGCCCAGACGCCGUGGGCACUAACACCGGGCUCGACAUCGCCGGGAUCGUAGCCGCGGUGGGAUCGCAAGUCGGUGAAUUCAAGGUCGGCGACCGGAUCGUCUCGUUCCAUCAACCACACACUCCGUACGGCGCUUAUGCGACAUUUGCUAUCGCCACGGAGAAACUGAGCUUCCAUCUGCCUGCUCAGAUCUCGUUUGAAGAGGGCGCCACUAUUCCCGUGACGGCGACGACGGCGGCCAUCGCCUUGUUUGCCCGUCUCGGACUCCCGGACCCCUGGCAAUCCGUCGACACCUCGAUCCAUCGCCGACAAGCGUGCAAGGGCGGCGUGCUGGUCUAUGGCGGAUCGACAGCAGUCGGCGCCUUUGCGAUCAAACUACUCAAGCACACCGGCAUUCACCCUAUCAUUGCCGUUGCGGGUAAGGGUGUCGACUAUGUCCGGUCCCUUAUGGAUCCAGCCCAAGGCGACGCGGUGGUGGAUUAUCGUAAGGGCAGUGAAAGUCUGGUCCGGGAGCUCCGGGAAGUAAUCCCCAAGGACGGGAAGCUGCUAUAUGCCCUGGACGCCGUGAGUGACUAUGGAAGCGACUCGAAUAUCGCCCAGGUCCUGGAUCCCGAGGGAAGCUACACCCAUAUUUUCCCGGGCAAGGUAUAUGAGAGUCUUCCCCCGACAGUGCGCCAGAUUGCCACCACAGGGACCAGUGUAUUUGGCGUUCCAGACGAUCUGCGGGACCUCGGCUACGUGUGGAUGAGGCUGUUCAGUCUCGGUCUCAGAGAGGGCUGGUUGCAAGGUCAUCCUCACCAGGUGAUCCCUGGCGGUCUGGAGGGCGUCGGGACCGGGUUGAAUAUGUUGAAGGAAGGCAAAGCUAGCGCAGUCAAGUAUGUAUAUCGCAUUGAGGAGACGCCUGGGGUGAAGGCGUAG